UUGCUUCACGAUUGCAAAACUCUUGAAAUCACGGCCACUGGUAUGAUUGAAGGGAAGCAGAAUCUCAGUUACCGGCAGUCAGCAUUUCCACUCAACAUUCCUCUUUGCUUUAUUUUAACUAAGGAGUCUUUUCAUUAACCUUGAGUCAGAAUGCACUUCUAACCAGGAAAAAGCCAUAUUCCAUUGUUUGGGAGACGCACCACCAGGCACUUCACUUGCGAGUCUCCAACAUCCCUUCUCUGAAAACAAACACAGACCACUGGGAAUGCUUACUUUAGAUCACGUGGAGAUUCCAUCCAGCUGAAGGUCCGCUCAGCUCUUGCAAAGCUCAGGGGUCAGGAUCAUUCAGAGAAGUGUUUUGAGCAGGAUCAGCCAUCAGCAACUGAACAUCAAAAAUUACAUCUGUGAAAAUUUUUAAGCUGUUGGCUGCCAAAAUCAAAGAAAUUGUCUCUGCUCUCCUGCAGUGCAGAGACUGGGCCUAUUGAGGAGAAAGUAGGGUCAAGAGCAACACAGCACUAGUGGACUUGGAAGCAUUCUCUUCCUCUGAACCUAUCUCCAUAGUCACUGUGCUUCACCUUGGAGACAACCUGCUCAGCCUCAAUGGGAUUUGAUGUGCUCCUGGAUCAAGCUGGAAGUCUGGGGAGAUUUCAGAUCCUUCAGAUUGCCUUCUUUUUUGUCACCAGUAUGAUAACAUACACUCAUAUUCUGUUGGAGAACUUCACUGCAGCCAUCCCUGGGCAUCGCUGCUGGGUCCCCCUCCUGGACAACCACACCACCUCUGGCAAUGACUCUGACAUCCUCAGCCAAGACGCCCUCCUGAGAGUCUCCAUCCCGCUGGACUCAAACCUGAGGCCAGAGAAGUGCCGUCGCUUCAUCCAUCCCCAGUGGCAGCUCCUUUACCUGAAUGGGACCUCCCCGAGCACGAAUGAGCCGGACACAGAGCCCUGUGUAGACGGCUGGGUGUACGAUCAGAGCUCCUUCUCCUCCACCAUUGUGACUAAGUGGGACCUGGUAUGUGAAUUUCAGUCACUAAAAUCAGUGGUUCAAACCCUGUUUAUGAGUGGGUCACUACUGGGAGGUCUGAUGUUUGGCCGUCUUUCAGACAGGUAUGGCCGGAAGGCGAUAUACACGUGGUGUCUCCUCCAGACAGCCAUCGCUGACACCUGUGCAAUCUUUGCUCCCACCUUCGUUGUUUUCUGCAUAUUUCGCUUCUUGGCUGGGUUGACUACCAUAAAUAUUAUGACAAAUGCUUUCAUUCUCGCAACAGAGUGGACAGUGCCCAAAUUACAAUAUAUAGGAAUAACACUGAUACUGUGUUCCUACAGUAUUGGGCAGAUGCUCCUGGGAGGAUUAGCUUUUGCCAUUCGAGACUGGUACACACUGCAUCUGACUGUGUCUAUACCCCUGUUUGUCCUUUCCUUGCUCUCCAGAAGGCUGGUGGAGUCUGCUCGGUGGCUGGUUACAACCAAUCAGCUAGAUGAAGGCACAAAGGCACUUAGAAGGGUUGCACGCAUCAAUGGAAAAAAGAGUGCUGGAGAGAUCCUGACCAUUGAGACAUCUCAUAAGUGCUUGUUGUUGGUUUUAUUGUUGAAGUUCGUGAGAUCCGCCAUGCAGGAGGAGCUGAACAAAGCCCAGACCAAAACUUCAGUUAUUCACUUGCUCCGUGCACCCAAACUGCGCAUGAUAAUAUGCUUCUUGAGCUUCAUAAGACUGGGAGCCUCUGUACCUUUCAUGGGCCUGAUACUCAACCUGCAGGACUUGGGGAGCAGUAUCUUCCUGUUCCAGGUGCUCUUCGGAGCCAUCACAUUCAUAUCCAGAUGUUCUGCCCAUUUGAUAAUGAAACAUAUGGACCGGCGAAUAAAUCAGUCAUUGUUUUUCUUCCUGGUAGGACUUUGCAUCCUGGUCAACACCUUUUUGUCCCAAGAAAUGCAAACUCUGCGUGUGGUUUUAGCCACUUUGGGAAUUGGUACAGUUUCUGCUGCCAAUGCUACUUUUUUUGUCCAUGCUUUGGAACUCACCCCUACCACAUUCAGGUCAACAACUGCAGGAAUCAAUAAUGUGUUCUCAAGAAUGGGGUCAGUACUGGCUCCCCUCCUGAUGACCUUAGUGGUGUAUUCUCCCCACCUGCCCUGGGUCAUGUAUGGAGUCUUCCCCAUCCUUGCUGGUCUGAUUGUCUUCUGCCUUCCGGAAACCAGGAAUCGGCCUCUUCCUAACACCAUUCAGGAUGUGGAAAAUGACACAAAAGAAUCAAGAAAAGUGAAGGAGGAAGAUACUUUCAUAAAAGUAACACAAUUUUAAGGAGUAUUCCAAGAAUGGAUCCAAAUCAGAGCAAAAUGGGGGAUGAUAUCAAGAUUUUUCCUCUAAAACUAUAAAACUAGCUAAAAAAAUAAUAAUGGACAAAUUGAUGCCUUUU